UCGCUGCCCGGGGCGAUGCUGUGCUGGGCGCUGCGCGUCCACAGCCGCGGCCUCUCCGCCCCGCGGCCGUGCUGGCGGUGGCGCACCGUUCGUACCAUGGCUGAGGGGCCGAGGGCAGCGGUCGCCGGCCAGACAAAGAGGCUGAGCAGCGGCGCUGAGGUGGCUGAGAGGCUGGAAGAGAACGGGCAUCAGAACAAAAGGUUGAAGGGAGGUGCGGAUGGGGAGGGUGCGGAGGAUCAGGGUAAGAAGUCGCCCAAGAGGAAGAUUGUGCUGCUGAUGGCGUAUUCAGGGAAAGGCUACCAUGGGAUGCAGAGAAACGUGGGAUCUUCACAGUUCAAGACAAUUGAAGAUGACUUAGUGUCUGCCCUCGUUCAGUCAGGCUGCAUCCCAGAGAACCACGGGGAGGAUAUGAAGAAGAUGUCUUUCCAGCGGUGUGCUCGAACAGAUAAGGGUGUGUCUGCAGCUGGACAGAUUGUGUCGCUGAAGGUCAGGCUGAUAGAUGACAUCUUAGAAAAGAUCAAUAAUCAUCUUCCUUCUCACAUCAGAAUUCUGGGCCUGAAGAGAGUCACUGGGGGAUUCAACUCCAAGAACAAAUGUGAUGCCAGAACCUACUCUUACAUGCUGCCAACAUUUGCCUUUGCCCACAAGGACCAUGAUGUGCAAGAAGAGGUUUAUAGGCUGGACAAAGAGACCCUCGACAGGGUCAACAAACUGCUCUCGUGCUAUAAAGGGACACACAACUUCCACAACUUCACAUCCCAGAAGGGCCCCAGGGACCCCAGUGCCAGGAGGUACAUCAUGGAGAUGUACUGUGGAGAGCCCUUUGUCAGGGAGAACAUGGAGUUUGCAGUGAUCAGAGUGAAGGGUCAGAGCUUCAUGAUGCACCAGAUCAGGAAGAUGAUCGGGCUGGUGAUAGCCAUUGUGAGGGGUUAUGCUGCUGAGUCCAUCCUGGAGCGCAGCUGGGGAGAGGAGAAGGUGGAUGUCCCCAAAGCCCCGGGCCUCGGGCUGGUUUUGGAACGAGUGCACUUUGAAAAGUACAACAGGCGCUUUGGGAACGAUGGGCUGCACGAGCCGCUGGAGUGGACGGAGGAGGAGGAGAAGAUUGCUGCUUUCAAAGAGCAGUACAUCUACCCCACCAUCAUCAACACAGAAAGGGAGGAGAAAUCCAUGGCAAACUGGCUCAGCACCCUCCCCAUUCACGACUUCAACUCGUCUGCUGUUGAGAUGCAAGCCAACAACAAAAAUUCAAAGAACAGCAGCGAUCUCGAAGGCAGUGAUGGUUGUGGUGAUGAUUCUGACUGAGCCAGCGUGGCUGGAUGUGGAACCCUUUGCUGCUUAAAGUUCCCUUUGUCUACAAAAAAAGUGGCCUUUCAAAAUCCAGGAAUCCAGUAAAGCAGGAGUUUGUGUGCUUGCAGAACGAGAACUGGAUGCCCAGGACAAUCUGGGUGGGGAAGACAGUGCAGUAGAAAAAACAGAAGGUUUUUAUACCACUGACCAAUUCACCUGACUGAUAUACUUGAAAACAGUUCAAGGAGAAAGAAGCUUUCUAAAAGAAUCUUGAAAUGCAGGAUAUCAUAAUUGCUAUUUGAAUAAUGGUUUUAUUAUGUUUACUUGGAAAAUAGUAUUUUAAAUAUGUAUAACUUCUACAUAAAGAUGGGGCAGAUCAUUUUAAUAUACUCUUUUUUUUAUUAUGAAGUUAUGAUUCCAUGAGCUUUUGAUUGUUUGUUUUUUUAAUCAUUCACCUUUACUUACCUGAAUCUCUAAACACCGUUAAGCUUUUAUUUUCCAUGUCAUCCAUGAUUUUCCUGUGGAAUAACAUGCAUGGGUUAGGAACUCAUGAUCAUGUUGACUGCUGUGAACCCUUUGCUAUUGAAACAUGUAUUCUGUGUUUUUUAGAGCUGUGUGAGCCUAAAAGAAAUUAUUCCUUAUUCAGGGAGAGGGUUCAUUUUGGAACGGGGACUGAUCCAUACAUUCCAAGAUGGGACCUUUUCUGUGGGAGAUGUUAUCCUGCCAGUGUUGCCCUUGUCCUUGGGCAGAUCCAGGGAUACAGAUCCACAGUUCCUGGUGCAGUUGGGCCUCUACUGCCUGUAUUUAUUGCCUGUAUUCACACACCUGUAUUGAGAUGUGAGGGGAAGGUGUCCAUUGUUAGCACUGCAGUUCAAAGGGUGCAGCCAUGAAUUAGCAUUUCCUGUGGUGAUCACUAAAGGUGGUGCUCUGGUUUAGUUUCCCCUAAACCCAGAAAUCCUUUAGAGCUGUCUCUCAGAUUCAGAGUUGAAUCAACUUGGCAGGUGUGAAAGAAAUGGUGCUGAAUUCCUCUGGGCUUUCAUCAAGCCCGUGGUCACUUGGAGUGUGUGAACUCUUUGUCCCCAUCAAGCUGCCCAGAACAGAGGAACAUCUGCAAUGAUAUGGGAAGCACAAGUCUGAGCACUGCCAUCCUUUGGGAAUCCAUGUUUAAUUUCCUGUGUUUUGGGGAUCUGCAUACUCUGGGGUUCGUGCUCCUUUCCCCAGCAGUGGUUUAACUUCUUGUUUCCAACUCUCCGUGGAGGUGGUGGAAGAAACAACAGCAGCAGCAGCAGCAGCUCUCCUGCCCUCCCAGCCCGUGGAAUACCACCGAGGGGUUGGAACAAGACUUCAAGCAUUUGAAUAUUGUUACAAGUGCUUGAUACACUUCCCUGGCUGAGUCUGUGUCAGUUACUGAAAAUGAGGAGUCAACCCUUUGUUCCUUCAUUUAGUGGUUUCUGGCUAAAGCCUUUAAUUUUAUGGCUCCUACUGGAAUAAUUAUUUUGGUUUGCAA